AUGCUCAAUGCUACUCUACGAGCAAGCACACGUGAAGAGCUAAAACCAUGGUUUUUAUAUCUUCGACUUGUUAUUAAUGCUCUUCAGAAACUUCCAUCAACUCGUCAUGUUGUCUAUCGAGGCAUCAAAUCGAAUUUGACUGCUCAAUAUGUCCGAGGAAGUAGAAUUGUUUGGUGGGGUUUUUCUUCGUGUACUCUAUCAAUUGAAACGCUUAAGAAUGAACGUUUCUUGGGCAACAAAGGAGUACGGACUCUCUUUAGUAUUGACUGUCAAUCAGCUAAAAACAUUCGAUCACAUUCAUUUUAUGCUGAAGAAGACGAAAUAUUGCUGCUUCCUGCUCGUCAAUUUGAAGUCAUUGGCUGUCUUGAUCCAGGCAAUGGGCUUCAUAUUAUUCAAUGGAGAGAAACUCAACCGAAAUUUCCACUUAUCAAACUUAAUUAA